AACAUAGUUACGAAUGCAUGAAAUUGACAAACAACAACGUAUAAAAGAGAAAAGAAUAAAACUAGACAAACGUCUGUUAGAAAUGCAAACGAAUAGAAUAUAUAUGGAAGCAAUAAAAAGUGGAAAGGAUGUCAGACGAUACGUCAGAAUUAAUGUUAUUGGUGAAAAUGGUGCUGGCAAGUCAAGUCUUAUACGUAGAUUACUUGGACAAGAUAUUGAUGAUGUAAAAAGAACUGAUGGAAUAGAUAAGAUAAACAACAUUCAAAUAAGAACCAGUGAUGGGGAAUGGAUUGUCAAUAAAGAUGUUACAGAUAUGAAAUCUGCGGAUUUUGUAGAAUGUGGUCUUUGGAAUUUUGCAGGCCAUACAGACUAUUAUGCCAUACACCAAAACUUUUUAACUCCACAUGUCAUCUAUCUUCUUGUAUCAGAUAUAUCUAAAGACAGUACACUGAUCUACUACGAUCAUGACGAUGAAGGCUUUGACUCUAUUGGAAACCACGUUGACUUUUGGUUUGACAGCAUCCAUAGUCUUUGUAGAGAUUUUACAGGAUAUAAACUAAAUCCACCAAUCAUUAAUAUAUGCACGCACAGUGACAAGUAUGAGAGUAGUGAAAAGUUGAAAGCAAGGGAAUGUGAAUACAAAGACAAUUUUGAUCGGAAUAUUAGAUUUCACAAAAAAGGUGGUCACAUGAGGAGAGACUUGCACUUUAUUUCUAACACAAAAUCUGAUGAAAGAGACAUUCAGGCAUUGAAAGAGGACAUAUCAAAACUUGCAGAUAGCAUGGACUAUUUUGCUGUGGCUCUUCCAACAAAAUGGAUUCAACUAGAUGUUAAACUUUCUAAUUUAAAGGAUUCGAACACAAAUAUACUGUCAUUUGAGGAAAUAUGGAUAAGAGCCCAAGAAAUGUUGACUGAUGAAAAAGAACUUCAUUCUUUCUUGAAUUACCAGCAUUCAAUUGGAGACAUAAUAUUUUUCGAGGAUAUCAGAGAUUAUAUUAAUUUAAACCCAAAUUGGCUAGUUAAGUGUUUCGGGUGCCUUGUGUUUAAUGAACGUUACAAUAAAAGAAGUGAUGACAUCAGUAGUCCCACAGAAAGGUACCUGAUGAAAAACACAGGAGAGGUAUCAGAUGAAAUAAUUGAUCUGAUGUUUGAAAAGGACCCUGACAUAGCGCAUGGACAAUACAAAACUUAUAUACUUGCCGUGAUGGAAAGAUUUGGCAUGAUAGUAAAACUACAACGUAAGGUUUCAGACAACGACGGAUGUCAAAUAAUAAAUUCAUACUUUAUGCCUUCACUGAUUAGAAAACAACAGGUUUCUGUCAAGACCAAUAAAAAAUAUGUGGAACGAUUCCUUGUAUUGCUUCGCCUUGGUUAACACUUGAAUUUGAAUAUCUGCCCCUUUCAUAUGCCAAUCAUAUUCUAUUCGAUUACUUAAGAGAAUAUACAGUAUGUGAAGAGAAGAAUAGACAAUUAGCCAUAUAUAGAUGGAAAGCAUUAUUCUAUUUAGAUAAAUUGCGACUCCAACAAUUGCUUAUUUGCUUCUCAAAGAAUGCUAUAUCAUUGCAGAUAUGGGAAAGGGAUAGUGUAGAUGUUGCUACAUAUCAUAGUGUUUUGAUAGACCUAUGUGAGAAAAUUGAAGAGUUAGGCGGACAAUUUAAACAGAACAUAAACUACCAAAUUAAAGGAAAAUGCAGCCAUGGGGAUUACUCAAAAAUGAGUGGUAGAAUCAGUCUUGAAGAACUGACUGAGGCAUGUGAGGUUGGACAAUACUUCUGUGGAGAACAUAAUUGUAUGCACAAAACAGACGAAAUGAAAAAAACAUGGAUUUCACCCGACAGUACUACAAGUGCAAUUUCCUAUUGAUUAUGUUUAUUUGCAAGUACUUUCUUAGUUUUGUUUGCUUCCAUUUAAUUUAGCAAAUAAUCAAAAACGUAUAUGUAUAGAAACUUAUCCGUAUGUUUUUAAAGAGAUUCGUGUUCACUAACAGCCAUGCUUACAUAACGAUUGAUCAUACUGGUAACUCAAAUGAUGUCAGUCGUUUUAUUCCGCCUAUCUCCGACUCAUAUCCGAUAGCUACAUUAACAUCCAUAGGCUAUAGGCCGCUAGCGGCCGCAGAAUUAUUCGAGUUAUCAUAAUGGUGGAAUAUUGUUAUGUUGAUAGACUACGAAGGAAAACACUAUAUUAGUGGAUUUAAAAACCAAAUAGUGGCAGUAUCUUGUUGUAAUUACUAGUUAAGGGUCAGCGCUUAAUAUGUAAUACUGUUUUUAUGACACUUAUCAUAACAUUGUUAUAAUAAAGUUUUUUUUUAUUAAUAAAUGAAGUGUUGUA